AUGAAUCAAACGAUAAUGGAGAAGGCACGGAGUAUGAUGCACUACAACGGUUUAUUUACUUCCUGUGAACUAGACGAACGCGAGGUGAAUAAAACUUAUAUCACGUCGAUGACGGGGAAGACUGAAGUCAUCGACGUGAUCAAGGUCAUCGACGAAGUGGCUCAGCCUGAAUCUGAGAAGGAAUUGCCUGUGGAGGAUGAGCCAAUGGAGUCAGCAGCGGACCCAUUUUAG